AUGUUGGCUGCUGUGGAAUUUCGGCUACUCUUGGGCAGUAACUGUGUGAUGCUAAAAUCUCACUUGGAAGGAACGAGCAGUCAUAAUGUUAUUCCAGAUCAAAAUGCGCGACAAAAGGUGAUACAAAUGGGUAAAAGUGUAGAAUGCUCUGCGACCCAUUACGGAGAAUUCAUCCCCGGGGCAGUAGAUCAGAUGGAAGGUCCCCUACCUACUACAUCACCUGUAGCGUUUGUAGUGCACCUAACGCUGUGCGAUUGGUUCAUGAUUUCCCCGGCCAACCAGAAUCGAGUUAGCUGCCGCACCAGGGAAGAAAGAGGGAAAAAAAAAGUGCUCCCCUACAUAUCACUAUCUGGCGCCGUCGCUGGAAAGGGCCCCUUAGUUGAGAUUCAGUUGAUAAGUACUGGGGUUGCAAUAUAUUCGUCGUAG